AUGGUCGCCACCAAGUUCCUCCUCAUGGUUCUGGCCGCCUAUGUCACGGCUACCCCAGUGGCAUCAGCCCCUAAACCUGCUACAACACAAUGGAAGCCUCUUGAUAUCAAGGCCACCAUUAAUUGGGAUGGCAUCGACAAGAAGGCCUACCAAGACCCAGCCAACUGGAACACUACCGACCAUGUUAUUCCUGCUGCUAAGGGGGAAUCUGCAAACCCUCACUUCCAUAUCCUGUCGGGGCCGUGUGAGCAAGGUUCAUGCCCUGACUAUAGCGCAGCAUUUGACCUGGUUUACACCUUCACUGCUGUGCCUGUUGAUGGAGACCCUCCUCUGACUAUAUUUGAGUCUCAAUCAUCGAUUCGGAUCAAUGAUUGCAACGAAUGUCUCAUCCACAAGGUUGGCAGCAACCUCGGUAACAGUGUUCCUGGCGGUUGUUGGGACUUUAGGUCCUGUGGCCGCGACCAGACUAUUUGUGUCGACCCGGGUAACCAACGCGCUCAUCGCAUUUGGAAAGGUUAUGUCAAGACAUGCUACCACAUGAGAGUGGAAUAUCUGGGUGACUGCGGGUUUAUCAAGUCACGCAUCGUCCUGCAUCCCGAUGCCGAGGUUCCUUGCAAUUGGUAG